GGAGGUCUGGUGGCCCUGGGAGGGUGGGGGUGGGAGCGCAGGGCGAUUUCUUGGCAUCUUUGAUCUCGGCUCCCAUCCCAAGGCACCUUCACCCUGCCUUCACCCUGGAGUCACCGAGAGUCAGGGUGAUGAGUGGGGAGGGGGGGUGAUGUCAGGGCAGCUAGCAGCAGCAGGCUGGGCCAGGCGGGGUCAGGCAGCUCUCCGUCUUGAGGUCAGCGGUGGAGGGAGAACGCUGGCAAGGCUGCAGAGGAGGCUGCUGGUGGCGUGUGUGCGUGCACUCCUAGUGCGUUCAGGCUCCGUUCUCUGCACGGCCCGUGUCACCGUGAUUACUUCCCGGGCAGAAGCCGACCGGGGUUUGCUAUGAUUUGUGCGGGAUUUUUUGCAGCCACCGAGCCUCGCUCCGAGAAGCAGAGAUGGAUGGAGAGCAGGACCCAGAGCGGUCACAGGGCCCUGGGCUCACCAUGGCCGACGGAGACGAGGGCUUUGGCCUGGCUCACACACCCCUGGAACCAGAUUCAAAGGAUCUACCCUGUGACUCAAAACCCGAGAGUGGGCUAGGGGCCCCCAGCAAGUCCCCGUCGUCCCCGCAGGCCGCCUUCACCCAGCAGGGCAUGGAAGGGAUCAAGGUGUUUCUCCAUGAAAGAGAACUGUGGCUGAAAUUUCACGAAGUGGGCACAGAAAUGAUCAUAACCAAGGCUGGCAGGCGGAUGUUUCCCAGUUACAAAGUGAAGGUGACUGGCCUUAAUCCCAAAACCAAGUACAUUCUCCUUAUGGACAUCGUUCCUGCCGAUGACCACAGAUACAAGUUCGCCGAUAAUAAAUGGUCUGUGACAGGCAAAGCGGAGCCUGCCAUGCCGGGCCGCCUCUACGUGCACCCGGACUCGCCGGCCACUGGAGCGCAUUGGAUGCGGCAGCUCGUCUCCUUCCAGAAACUCAAGCUCACCAACAACCACCUGGACCCGUUUGGGCACAUUAUUCUAAAUUCCAUGCACAAAUACCAGCCCAGAUUACACAUCGUGAAAGCGGACGAAAAUAAUGGAUUUGGCUCAAAAAAUACUGCAUUCUGUACCCACGUCUUUCCUGAGACAGCGUUUAUUGCAGUGACUUCCUACCAGAACCACAAGAUCACCCAAUUAAAGAUCGAGAAUAAUCCCUUUGCCAAAGGAUUCCGGGGCAGCGAUGACAUGGAACUGCACAGGAUGUCAAGGAUGCAAAGUAAAGAAUAUCCCGUGGUUCCCAGGAGCACAGUGAGACAGAAAGUGGCCUCCAACCACAGUCCCUUCAGCAGUGAGCCUCGUGCUCUCUCCACCUCAUCCAACUUGGGGUCCCAGUAUCAGUGUGAGAAUGGUGUGUCCGGCCCCUCCCAGGACCUCCUGCCCCCACCUAACCCGUACCCACUUCCCCAGGAGCACAGCCAAAUUUACCAUUGCACCAAGAGGAAAGCAGAUGAAGAAUGUUCCACCACAGAGCAUCCCUAUAAGAAGCCCUACAUGGAGACGUCACCCAGUGAAGAGGACCCCUUCUACCGAGCCGGCUACCCCCAGCAGCAGGGUCUGGGUGCCUCCUACCGGACAGAGUCAGCCCAGCGGCAGGCCUGCAUGUACGCCAGCUCCGCACCGCCCAGUGAGCCGGUGCCCAGCCUGGAGGACAUUAGCUGCAACACGUGGCCCAGCAUGCCUUCCUACAGCAGCUGCACAGUCACCACCGUGCAGCCCAUGGACAGGCUACCCUACCAGCACUUCUCUGCUCACUUCACCUCGGGGCCCCUGGUCCCCCGGCUGGCUGGCAUGGCCAACCACGGCUCCCCGCAGUUGGGGGAGGGAAUGUUCCAGCACCAGACCUCCGUGGCCCACCAGCCUGUGGUCAGGCAGUGUGGGCCUCAGACUGGCCUCCAGUCCCCGGGCAGCCUUCAAGCGUCCGAGUUCCUGUACUCUCAUGGCGUGCCAAGGACCCUGUCCCCGCAUCAGUACCACUCUGCUGUGCACGGGGUCGGCAUGGUUCCAGAGUGGAGUGACAACAGCUAAAGCGAGGCCUGCUCCUUCACUGACGUUUCCAGAGGGAGGGGAGAGAGGGAGAGAGACAGUCGCAGAGAGAACCCCAAGAACGAGAUGUCGCAUUUCACUCCAUGUUCACGUCUGCACUUGAGAAGCCCACCCUGGACACUGAUGUAAUCAGUAGCUUGAAACCACAAUUCAAAAAAUGUGACUUUGUUUUGUCUCAAAACUUAAAAAAUCGACAAGAGGCGAUGAGUCCCAACCCCCCCUACCCCGCCCCCACCAUCCACCACCACCACAGUCAUCAACUGGCCACAUUCACACGACCUCCAGAUGCCCUCCGGGAUUCCUUCUUUUGGUCUCCAGAAAGUCUUGCCUCAUGGAGUGUUUUAUCCCAAAACAUAGAUGGAGUCAUUCCCUGUCUUGGUGUUACUGUUGACAUUGUUAUAUAAUAAAUAAUAAUAUAUUUUUUUCUUUCAAUUUUCUUAAUGGGACCCAGUCCCUUAUUUUGGGGGAGGUCUGAGGCAAAUAUGUUUCAACAUACUUGCUUGCGGGGUUCCCCCCAACACCCAUACUCCACCCCCCCAAAUCUAAAUUCACCGAGCCUCCCCCUUAACUAAGAAAUUACCUACCUCUGCCACGUGAUGUUUCUGCAAAGCUUCCUGGUGUCCCAGCUUCUGUCCGCUUUGGUCCUACCUGCCCCCUCCUCAAGGAGUCUAGUUCUGCCUUCUCCCCACCAGUGGAGUCAGGAUAAGGCUGGAAUCCAUCAGGCGUCCCAUCUUACCCAGCCGUCCAGCCGUCCCAGCUCGGUGUCUUUCCAGCCUGCUAAAAUGUGGCCUAUAGCUUCCCUACCGGAAAGAGUGCUUUGAAAAACUUAAAAAGCCCCGGUUUACAUUCGGGCAGAACUGUGAUAAGCAAGGCGAAAGCUCUGUGCUGACAAGCGUUGUGAAAAAGCCAAAGUAAAUACUCGUCCCCAUUUAAAAAAAAAAAAAAAAAAAAAACAACCGAAAAAAACAAAGCCAGCCCCCAGCUUCCAAACCUCCAUCGCUGACGACCUGACCUGGAUGCCUAGAUGCAAAGCCACAUCCACAACCCCCAAAGAAGAGGCAAGACUGUACUCACUGAUCAGCUCUCCCCAAAGGCAUCACACCAGCACCAAAUGCAGACACAAAACUGUGGUUAUUGAAAGCAGAAAACGGUGUUUAAAAAAAAAGUGUGUAAGUAAAACAUUAUUGCAGGGUUCUUCAGAUGUAAUAUUUUCCUGGUACUAUUUAUUUAUAAAUAGGAGUUCUAAUUAAGUAAUAACGUGAAAUGAAAUCCAGCAUGGGAGCUGGCCAAGAGCUUUUAAUUUUAUUGAUACUCAAAACCAAGUUUGCGUUUUUUGUUUUUUUGUUUUUUCCUUUCAGAUGUGCUUUGCUUUCUUGAUUAAAAAAAGUUGUUGUUUUUUUUAACUGACCCUAAUAAAGAGAACAGGGUAAUAUGUGAGACUGCGUAUGUUCAAGCACGUGAGAGUGUGUAUGUUUGUAAUGUGAGCGUCUAUGCGAUUAUGUCGUUAUAUGUUGCGAAGGGGGGGGGUAAGAAUUAAGUAGUCGUUCAGUAUAUUUGUGUGCCAAUUAAUGCCUAAUAAAUACUGCGUGCUUAAAAA